AUGCCGCAAGAGACGCUCAUCUUUCCGCCCCUCUACUGCGUCGUCGGCGCGUACCGCCUCGCCCACGACCCGGCGCUAUGGAAGCCCAUGUGGGCGAAAUGCUCAAAGGCAGCAAAGCAGGCCGGCAUUGCAGGCGCAGUCUGGGCCGUCCUCACCUGGCCGCUCCAGAGGCUCUUUGUCUACUACUUCAUGUCGGCCUCGGCCUCGGUCACCGGUACGAAAGCCAUCUAUGAGACCUUCGUCAGCACCGCGGACCGCGUCGACGACCCGUUGCCCUUCCGCAUCCCCGUCCCCAGCCUGUACACCUUUGCCACGUUUAUGUUCGUCAUGGGCCAGGUCCACACCAUCAUGGAGUUCUGGCUGCGCCGCCGGCUGCGCGAGUGCAGGAACACGGCCUACUCGGCCACGGUCCGGUCGCGCGGCAAGCAGCCCGACUGGUGGACAGAGUACUUUGAAGAGUUCUCCAACCCGCCCACCGAAAAGGCCAUCAAGGACGCCAAGAAGCAGGGCUUCUACAUGAAGCUCGCCAGCCCCUUUGUCAGGAUGGUCGUCCUCAAGGUCUUUCUGCUCCCCGUCGACUUUGUGCCCUUCUUCGGCAUGGCGCUCGGUGCCGCGCUGCGGUCGCUCUCGUUUGGCCGCCUCCUCCACCAGCCCUUUUUCGAGGCCAAGAGGAUGUCGCCGGCCCAGGUCGAGCUGUGGGUCACCGAGAGGCAGGGCUACUACCGCUCCUUUGGCUUCGUCGCCGCGCUCAUGGAGCGCGUCCCGCUCCUCGGCCUCGUGUUUUCGGUGUCGAACCGGAUCGGAGCGGCCAUGUGGGCGCACGACCUGGAGAAGCGGCAGCAGGCGAUGCGCACCGCCGGCCCGGACGCCAAGCUCACCUACAAGGAGAAGCCGACGCUGCGAUCGAUCGCCAAGGAGGCCAACAUGUCGGCGCCGCCGCCGUCGUCGGCACCGUCGAUGUCGCCCUCGAGGACGGAGCAGUUCACCGGUGAGGGUCUGGCCGUGUUGCGAUCGCAUGUGGUGUCGUCGCCCUCGUCGAUGGGCCGCCCCCUCCCGCCGUCGCCGUCGUCGUCGUCAUCGGCCGAGGCCGCGACAGCAACGGCAGCUCCAGCGGCGCCCGCGGUGAUUGAACGGGCAGCAGUGUUCACACACUUGUCGUUCACCUUUCCGUUGAAAUUGAUCAGCCCCGGAGCCUCUUCCAGGAUCGCUACCCGAAAAGUCUUUGAGGCAGCGCAGCGGCGCGCCAUCGACGGACGGCAGCAAGGCGGCACUCUGGCAGCAGCAGCAGCAGUAGCCGGGACGACAACGACGGCCACAACGACGGCAGCGACGACGGCAGCGACGACGGCAGCGACGACGGCAGCGACGACGGCAGCGACGACGGCAGCGACGACGGCAGCGACGACGGCAGCGACGACGGCAGCGACGACGGCAGCGACGACGGCGACGGCGACGGCAACGGUGAACCCAAAGGCGGUGGCGGCGCUCUACGUGGUCGGCUACGGCGGCGGGCUGGUCAGCGGCGAUUCAGUCGACCUCGACAUCGACGUCGGCGAGCAUUGCGCCAUGCUGCUGCUCACGCAGGGCAGCACCAAGGUGUUCAAGAUGCGGCAAAAGAGGUCGACACCGGCAGCGGCGGCGACGACCGAAGGAGUUGCCGAGGCAAGGGGGGGCCAGCAAGACGAAGGCGAGCGGCGGGACACGGCAGACGCAGCGGCGAGGGCGGCGGCGUCGCUCGUCACCCGACAGGCGUUCCGCUUCCUGAUCCGACCCAGGUCGACGCUGAUCCUGCUGCCGGACCCGGUGACGUGCUUCGCCCAAUCGCGGUACGACCAGGUCCAGCGAUUCGACGUGCGCGAUCGCACGACGUCUUCACUCGUCGUCCUCGACUGGCUCACGCCGGGUCGAACGGCGGUACGUCAGCAAGGCGGCGGCGGCGGCAGCAGCAGCAGCUCGGGCAGCGGCAACGCCGGCACUGGCGUCGAGCGCUCCCCGUACGCCACGCGACCUCGGCAGCCGGAGAUAUGGUCGUUUGAGUCGUACAGGAGCAGGAACGAGGUGCGGAUCGGCGGCAAGGUGGUGGCGCGCGACGUGCUGCUGCUCGAGCAGGACCUCGAGAUUGACGUGCGGCGCGACGGUAGCCCGGCCUCUGCCUCGACGACGACGCAGGUGCCGGACAACACGGAGCUGGCCCGGCGCAACGGGCCGUACGGCUGCUACGCCACGCUGCUCCUCGCCGGUCCGGAUGCGCGCAAGACGAUCAAGCGGCUGGCGCGCGAGUUCGAGGCGAUCCAGCAGCGCGUCGUCACCUCGUCGACGCCGGAGCUCAUCUGGAGCCUGAGCCUGCUCGAGGUCGAGCCGACGUCGGUCAAGCACGGCGACCACGAGGGCGAGGGCGAGGAGGAUCUGGGAUGCGUAGUUGUCAGGAUCGCGGGCAGGGACAGCGAGGCGGUGAGGAUGUGGCUGCGCUCGCGUCUCGUUGACCUGAAGGACGUCGUGGGCAGCGACCUGUACCGGCAGGCGCUGGGCGAGUGA